AUGCCGCGGUCAGAUGCAUCUUACACACCUGCAAGGCGAUCGAAACGACUCCAGAGUAAAGCAUCUCUUGCAAGCGACACCGAUACCGAUACCGGUGGGAAUGUCGGCGGCAGCGCCGAACCUCAAGAGGAUGAUCAUCUCGAUCAUCCGCAAGAUGAACUCAGUCGCAGGCCCAGUCCUGUAACAGAUUCGCGCAACUACGAAAUCCAAGUGAUUCGAACCCCCUCGAAAACCAUCGCAUCCACCUCUGCGAAUUCGGUACGCACCUACAACAUCACCCACAAACACUACGAACACGAAGGCUUUUCUCAUGAGCAGUUUACCGAGCUCGGUGCCAACAUCAAGGCUACUCAACAAAUCAUCCAGAGAUACCAAGAAGAGGCGAAUGGAAGGGCGAAAGGCGUAUUGGUGCACCUUGCUGUGCAUGACAUCCUACUCUUGUUGCUGUUGAUGGUGACUUCGCUACAAAUUGCUGGCUUGAUGGUUUUUGUUCAUGUGGUGAUGUCACCCCUCAUUCGUGAUGCUGCGGUAACAAUGCAGCGGAACCGCCGCGACGAUACUGCAUGCAGGUCUACCAACGCAAACAUCCUCAUGGAGAAGUUUAAAAAGAAACCUUACUGA